AGCGGAGGCUUCGUCGCUGUCAGGUAUUCAUUGCUGUGGGCAGCCAAUCGGAGCGAUAACGAUCGGAAUUUCUCGGCGGCAUAGGCAGUUCCUCGAACAACCGCCAAGAAGGAGAAAACCUUCCGCAUGAGAUCCAGAUUCAUCGAUUGGUGUGUCUUUUUGUCCAUCGUGGUGUUACCUGCAGCGGAGUGAGUUACUGCCUUACAGACAAUGUCUGCAGCAUCAAAUGACAAAAUUAAGCAUAUGGAUUUUAUGAGGGACAACUUGGAUGUAUCGCAUUGAUUGGCGAUAGAGGCUGUUAUGAUUGGCGCGAUGAAGACCCGUCGUCUCUUCAGUGAUUCCGUAUGUCAUCCGAACGCCGGCAGUCAGCAGUAAAUGAGAGCCCAUCGCCCAGUGCAGUAGGGGACUUGCUCUGUCGACCGAGUAGCGAGAUUAUCGGCUGUGCCCGCAAGACUGUAGGCCGACCAACCAACAGCUCGAUGUUCCAGCGUUCAUGCUCUACUCGGAGGGAAUCAACUCCUCGGAACUAGUGCCUCGCUCUCUGUCCGGCAUCGAGUGAUAGCAAUGUGCGGACAAUGGAACACUCUAACAGUACUACCUACGAUGUGUCAUCCAUGUCAGGUAGGAAUUCUGGCAGUAGCCAUAACGGAAGAACGGAAAGCAGCUAUACGACGGAUUUAUCGGUCACUACUGAGGUGCCGGUCAGCGAGAUUUCUCUUAGUACGGAGUUUUACAAUGCGACAAAAGUUUUUCAAAGUUUGGAUGCGUAUGUUAACACAAGUGCCCCUCUGGAAACCAGUACCGUGUCGGAGUUUCUUAACUUCACGGAAUCUUUUACGCAAUGGAAUACGACAGCCACUUCCAUAAGUGACAACCUCACGUUUGAUUACUAUAAUUCAACUAAUUUCACCGAUCCAUCAAACUCGACAGCAACAGGGCCGUUGUUUAGCACCCUAGAGGUGGUUGUGAUCUCUAUCGUGGUGUCAGUGUUGUGUGUGUUGACGGCGGGAGGUAACCUGCUUGUCAUCAUAGCUUUUAAGGUGGAGAAACAACUACAAACUGUCAGUAAUUAUUUCCUAUUAAGUUUGGCUGUGGCAGACUUUACCAUCGGUGUCGUCUCCAUGCCUUUUUAUACUGUCUAUCUUGUGAUGGGAUACUGGCCUCUGGGUCCUGAGCUGUGUGACAUAUGGUUGUCUCUCGACUAUACCAUGAGCAAUGCCUCCGUGGCCAAUCUCAUCAUCAUCAGUUUUGACAGGUAUCUUUCCGUGACAAGGCCUCUCACCUAUCGCGCCAACAGGACCUCCAGGAAGGCCUUGACAAUGAUCUUCUGUGCUUGGGUCAUAUCAGCAAUGAUGUGGACCCCAUGGAUAUUUGCUUGGCCCUAUAUCGAGGGGCGGAGGACCGUUAAGUAUAAUGACUGUUAUAUUCAGUUUUUGAAAACAAAUAAAUACCUCACGAUCAUAACUGCAGCACUGGCUUUUUAUAUUCCCGUGUCCAUCAUGGUGAUUCUUUAUUAUAGGAUUUUUCUUGAAACCCAGAAACGACAGAAGGAUCUUCCUAAGCUCCAGGCUGUUAAGAGAUAUUACGGCAGCAAAAAGUCCACCAUAUCCAGCGACGAGGAGGGUUACUCAAGCGUCAGUGAAAAACGAAGUCAUUCCUCCCCAGAACUUCAAGACAUCGAGGAGUAUUCUCGGAGGUCUGAAAGAACUUCGUGUAGGAGUAAAUUGUUGUCGUGUCUCAAAAUUGAUAGAGACUCGGAUUACAUAGAGGAAUCCAGUACAAGUGACCCUCCAGCCUCGCCGGGGAAUUCUAACGUGGUGACAACAUCAACCACCAGUGCUGGUCAAAGUAUUCUACGGGCCAAUUUUCCGUCACGGUUCCGACAAAAUAGUGCUGGCAAUAGUUUAGCUUUAAACCGGACCCCUAAAACAGACGGUGUGAGCUGCAGUGGAUCAAUGAUUCCCUUACUUCCGGUGGAGACGCCCUCUCCGUUCCCUUCACCUGGCCCUCCGCCUCCUUACGACAUCACUACAUCAUUUUCCCGCCAAAACAAAGCGCCGUCUGCGCCCCCUCCUCUUUAUGAAGACUGUGCAUCAGACAACAGAAAGGAGACAAUGUACACUGUCCUGAUAAAACUUCCACGGGACGAUUCGACGGAUUCGGAAAACAAACCGUCUAUACGAAUGAUACCCGAUAGCGAUGCAGAUAGUAUUUGUGAGUUGACGCCUUCUGUUCCACGCCACAUUGACAGUGAUUCUAGUGACGGCAGCCAAGCGGACAACUCCGACGACCUUGACCGAGACAGGGGAUUACCUCCCCUUCCACCACCAAAAGGAACCCCUGCCUUGGGAAGGCGGGCUCAAAGCAAUGACCAGAAUAGACAUGCCAUGCAGCAACGCAUGGCAAUGAAAGUAGCCAACAAAGUUCGGAAGCAACGAGCACGACACAAAAUGCAUUCAAAGCGCCACGAACGGAGACAGGAUCAAAAAGCGGCGAAAACGCUGACGGCCAUUUUGUUGGCUUUCAUAGUAACGUGGACACCCUAUAACAUCUUUGCCGUCACCAUGGUUUUCUGCAAUGGAUGUAUAGAUGAGACUCUAUAUGCCAUUGGUUACUGGUUGUGUUAUAUAAACAGCACCAUCAACCCACUGUGUUACGCUCUAUGUAACGUCAACUUUCGCCGAGCGUUUUGGAAGAUCCUUACAUGCCGGUGUGUUCCAAAACGAGGCUCCAUUCAUCAAAUGAUGAUCGCACCCAUCCACGCCACGAAGUUCAUUCCAAGAUGAAACAAAACAAGAAGUCACUCUGGUUUUAUAACGUCUUGCCAUUGGCCCAAUUUAGUUGUUGCCAUGGUGCACAUUGAAGGUCACAUGACCAAAGUCUUCCCACCGAGUUGUCAAGGAUACAGUCAGGAAAGUUGAAGGUCACUUGACAUGUCCAUGAUGAAAGGGCGAUCACUCUCACGUUUAUGAGGCGUUUGACCCUUCUACAUAUUAAAGUUGAGUAAUCUACCGGAGACAUCCACUGUCGAUGACGCCCUUUGAGAAAUGAGGCAGUUAGUUUUUGCAGUUGCGGUGUUAAAACACAAAUUUAAAGCAAUCAGUUUUAUAUAACAACUUUGUAAGACACCGGCAGAUUGUUAUUGUCUGGUGCUACACAUGUUGGAAUACAUGGUUUGUGAGACUGCACUGUAUGAGCUUAUUGUGUGACUGACCUGAACAUGAGUAUACAUAUCGACCUGCACUGUAGUCAUCACAAUCACAAUUAGUGCAAAUAUGAUCAAUGAUUUUAUGCCAUGUUUUCAUUUUCAAGAUAUUUUGCAAUAAUUAUUAUAGGUUUUUUUUCACAAAAGUGCUAACAAAGUCACAUUUGUAAUGGCUUACACUGAGGUUUGCCAUCAUUGUACAUAGAGAGCUCAGCCGAACACAGUAGUGCUUUUCUACAGUUUUGUAUCUGUACCGAUAUUUUGUGUUUCCAACAAUGCAAUACAUGUACAGGUUUAUGAGCCAAUUUAUGUUGUGUUUGAAAACUAGAAAAUCUGUUAUACAAAAUAUCACGUUUAUAUUUUAUCUCCAAAGCCUUUAUCAAAGGUACACAAACCUGUCAUAUGCCAUUGCUUGGAUAUCUGAUAGUAUGCUAUACGUUGGAUAAAGUAUGAGUAAUUGUUUUAAAAUCAAGAUUCCGUUUGGUAAUAUGAUCCUCAAAGUCUGAUUGCUUCAUAUUCAUUAUACCUUUGGUCUGCAUAACAUGUUCAACACCGUGUUGGUCUCUAUAACAUUUCCACACCGUGUUGAAGUUUUAAUCGUAAACAAAUUUGAAAAUGACGUUGGUUAUUCACAGUGAUCACCUCCUUUGAAAGGGUUCCUGUACACAGUGGAGUAUUUUGAAUCAAUUUCAUGAAACAGAUGUAUGUAAUAUAUUCAUAGUAGCAAUACACUGCUAUACACAGGAACCAGUACAAGUAUUAGGGACUAUGGCCAACAGCUGUGUACGAUAUUGUGCGCAUCACUUUCCGUACAGACAUAUGGUCAUAUUUGUCCUAUUUUGAAGUUUGUUUUUUAUGGGCAUGGUUUAUACCGUGCUCCUUCCAUACUGACUCUGUUCACUAGAUUGGUUAUGUUGUUAAUGGUUACAGACAAUUUAUGCUUAAAAGGUGUUUGGAAAUGGAGGCACAGUCCUGAAAACAUUCUUGAUGAAAAGAUUUAUGAUUACACCAUCACCACAAGUCGGACCUCAGUCACCCUAUUGGUACAUUAAUUGAUAUUUGUAUGUCUUUUCGAUGAAUUUACGUGUUCUUACAGUGUAUAGACAAAACGUAGUAAGUAUACGAGGAACGAUUCAAAGGUAAAAUGUAAUUCCCUUGGUCCGCUUAGUUUAGUGACAAUUUAAGACAGUGACUAUUCUGUCAAGAUUACAUAAUAGUCAUGUCACGGAGAAACAAUUUGACUCCACCGUAUUGAAAAAGUAAAAGGUUAAGUUAAGUAAAAGUUUGACUUUGUAUGUUAAACCUUCGCCUACAAACUCAUUUUACCUGUAAUAUCAUAUUGUACAGUUGUUUAUUUGCAAUGUUAUUAGUAUGCCGAGAGUAUAUAUUUAGUUAUAUAUACACUCAUGUAAAGUAUAUAUUAAUAAAUGGGAGAAUAUUUGACCAUGUGGAGUGGGUCAUUUUGAACAGCGAGAAUCGUCACCGCAUAUAUAGCAUCAUGUUCAUGGUAAAAAAUAAACCUUUUACAAUGA